AUGGUUGAGAACGAGCCCAGCAGGGCCCGCGAAUCUGUCACGGCCGGGGUGGAAUCUGGGUGGCACGGCGCAAGCGGGAAGAUGCGUCUGCACCGGCCGGCAUCAGCUGCGGUCGGUCGGCAUGACGAGCGUGCAGUCUCGAAGACCCCAGGUGGCGCACAUAGUCAUGGGAAUGAGGGCGAGCAGCUUUGCCGUGAACAACUCUCCCAGCUGGUGCGGUCUGAUUAUCACGGUGCUGGUGUCUCGCAUUGA